AUGUCUUCUCCCAUCCAAACCGUUCCCGCCCGCCGUGGAGCAGCAACGGUAGUCAAAGCCGGCCAGAAGAUCAAGAUAACAAAUACCCACGGAAACCAAGUAGUCGACACCUGGGCACUCGCGCUCCCCUCUUCAGCCCUCACGACAGCGUCUUCCAAGGUCGAAGCAGCACUCUACCCAAACGCAACCACCGACUCGCCUUCCAAAUACUCGUCUGUGGCCAAUGCCGCUGCCAGUACGCCAGAAUACAUGUCCAUGUGUCACUGUCGCGCAACAUUGCUAAAAGUUACGCCUGAAGUGGGCGAUGUGAUGGUCAGUCAGAAAAGGGCACCAAUGGUAAAACUGGUCGAGGACACAAGCCCUGGUGUGCAUGAUACUUUGAUUGCGGCAUGCGACAGGUGGCGGUACAGUGAGCUGGGUGUCAAUGGGUACCACGAAAGCUGUACAGACAACUUCUGGGACGCCUUGCACUCUCUUGCUACCUCCUCAUCGCUGUUGGCUGAAGAGAAAGAGGCUCUGGAGAUGGUGCAAGGGAAGUUGGGAGGCAGAGUGCCCGAUCCUUUCAACCUGUUCAUGAACAUUCCCAUCACACAAGAGGGCGAGGGUGCGAAGCGGGGUGUGAGCUUCGAAGAGCCAAAGACAAAGCCAGGCGACUAUGUGGUUUUGGAGGCACUGCGGGAUGUAGUUGUGGUGAUGAGUGCAUGUCCUCAAGAUGUUCUGACCAUCAAUGGGAAGAAUCCUGUAGAUGCUCACUUCCAGGUCUUGGACUGA